UUAUCCAUAAAUCGCCAGCUAUCAUUUGAAAAAGACACUUUAGGUUUUAGUAGUGACGUGAAGAAUACAUUAACUGAAAUGAUCAUGAUGAUGUAUCAUGUUAUUGAUGAUAAUGAUAAUGAUAGUGAUAAUGACAAUGAUAAUGUUGAUGAUGAUGAUGAUGAUAAUGAUAAUGAUGAUGGAUGGAUAUUAUAUUAUUACAUCAUACCUUUGCCCAACUGGGUAUGUUUUCUGUUCAUAAGAGAUAAUGGUAUAUAUUAAGUUCUUGAAGCUUCAUUUAUAAAAGAAACCAGACAUAAAGAUAUUAGUAAUUGUGUAACAAUGUUCGCAUGAUUGAAUUUGUGUAUACCAAUAAAAAUUAAACACAUAUAUAUCAUACGAUUGUCAUUAUCAUCCCGUGUUUUAUACUAAACUUUUAAUUCAAGUCACAUCUACUUUUCCAAGCACACCAUAGGAAUUAAUUGCUUCACCAAACAUCAAAGUAUAAUAAAAACGAAAUAAAAGUAAUCAAACUUCAAACAGUGUGAUGAUCUAUAAUUUAAUAACCCAACCUCGCUCACAUCAAACUCUCACUUGCUGUGCACUAUGGGUUAGCCUUUCAAUGUGUUAUAAUUCUCUCUCUGCCCUCCUCAUUUUCAGACCAGCUGGAAAUUAGAAAAAUGGACCACUUGAUGAAGAAAGAAACAAGCAUAGUUUGAUGGAAGUAUCUUGAUCUAUCUUUUUUCCACAAAAUAUAUACAUAUUUAUCUUAGAAAAGAAAGAAAAAGUUAGAAAAUAUCAUGUGAGGUGUGGUUGAUAGUUGGCAAGUGUUGCUAUAAAAGAAAGUGAUAGUUUCCUGAGAAAACUUAUAGGUAAGAAGAAAGUAUUGGGAAAAGCUUUUCAGUUACAAAGAGAAGUAAGAGACAAGAGACAGAAACAACAAGAAGUUAAUGGAAGCAAGAGGUAGUAGUGGUAUAAGCAUGAAGUCAUUAGAGAGAGUGGUUUCAGAUAAAGCAUUAAAGCUUGGAAACUCAUUUCCAUGUCAAAUCUGUGUGGUUGGGUUUCUCUGUGGAAUUUGUCUCACUUCUCUUUUCGUAGCUGCUCUCACUUCCAUUGGCACCUUCGAGCUCGCCGCCUUCUCCUUCUCCUCUUUUUCUCCUCCUUGCAAUUCCACUUCUCAAAUCAUCAACAUGGGUGCAGACAUAGACAUGAAACUGAAAUGGAAGAACAAAGCUGAGCCAGAAGAAGAAAAUGAUGAUGAUCAGGUGAAUCUUUUGGUCUCUGCUUGGGACAACUUAUUACUAAACAAUGAAGACUAUUUCAAGAAACUAUGGAUGAACAAAUCUGAUGUCCCAAACGCUCCACAUUUGGAGAACUGUGAGGAGAGGACACGAGCUAGAGAGCGCUUGGAUACAAGACUAUCAAAUCAUACGUUUCCUUCUUGGAUCAAUGGAGGAGAUGAAGAUAACUAUCCAUUAACUAGAAGAGUGCAAAGAGAGAUAUGGUAUCAUCAGCAUCCUUUGGACUGUGAAGACAAGAGUCUCAAGUUCCUUGUAGCUGACUGGGAAACGCUUCCUGGCUUUGGUAUAGGAGCUCAGAUCGCUGGAAUGACUGGUCUUCUCGCAAUAGCUAUAAACGAAAACCGAGUUCUUGUUUCAAAUUACUAUAACCGAGCAGAUCAUGAUGGUUGCAAAGGUUCUGCUAGAGGAAGCUGGUCUUGCUACUUCCUACCGGAAACAUCGAAAGAGUGUAGGAAACGUGCGUUUGAAGUAAUGAAGAAGAGAGAAGCGUGGGAGAGAGGGACUGUUACAGGGAAACAAAACUACAGCACCAAGGAGAUUUGGUCUGGACAUAUACCAAAGAGAUGGGGUAAGCCUUGGAGUUACAUGAGGCCAACUACAGAGAUCAACGGAACCUUACUCACCAGUCACAGGAAAAUGGACAGGAGAUGGUGGAGAGCACAGGCGGUUAGAUACUUGAUGAGGUUUCAAACGGAAUACACUUGCGGUUUGAUGAACGUUGCUAGACAUGCUGCGUUUGGGAAAGAAGCUGCUGAGAUUGUUCUCUCGGCAGGAGGUUGGAGAAAGAAGAAGAAGAGGUCGGAGAUUGAGGAAAGCGUGUGGUCGAGUCACAAGCCGUGGAUACCGAGGCCAAUGCUGAGCGUGCAUGUGCGUAUGGGAGACAAAGCUUGCGAGAUGAGAGUCGCAGCUUUAGAAGAGUAUAUGCGUUUGGCUGAUAGGAUCAGAGAACGGUUUCCGGAGCUCAACAGGAUCUGGCUCUCUACGGAGAUGAAGGAAGUUGUGGACAGGAGUAAAGAGUAUGGUCAGUGGAGAUUCUAUUACACGGAAGUGGCGAGACAAGUUGGUAAUAACUCGAUGGCUGAGUAUGAAGCUAGCCUUGGGAGAGAGAUGAGCACGAACUAUCCUCUUGUUAACUUCUUGAUAGCGUCAGAAGCUGACUUCUUCGUCGGAGCUUUAGGCUCCACUUGGUGUUUCCUCAUUGAUGGUAUUAGGAAUACCGGUGGUAAAGUCAUGUCCGGUUUUCUCAGUGUCAAUAAAGACCGGUUCUGGUAACUUCACCGCUUCCACUAUGUACAGAACUUCUCCACUUCUUGUUUCUUCAGAUGUUGUAACAAAAUGUUUUUUUUUCGGUUUGGUUUAGGCGUUCGGGUGUCUAAUCUGUUCCGGUUUGGAAUCAAUUCAGGUUUGAGUUUUCUGGAGCACAAAUUUAGAUCUCAUUCGGAUAUAUAAAAGUUCGGUUUGGUGUCA